CGCACAUAGUCUCUCACUUUGCCGUCAGUCAAAGGAAGAAGAGUUCGAAAAAGAAAUGCAGGAAUCGAGGAGGGUUAUUUGUAAUUGUAAAGAGCAAAGAUCAGGAUGUUUUUGUUGUUACUGUUCAUGAUGCCGAUACAACAACAAAAGAGAGCGAUUAUAAUAAUCCUAAUCCCACUGUUUCCAACGAGUUAUAUAAAAUAGCACGCAACGGUGACUGGAAGACCGCGAAGACCGCGAAGUCUAUAUUCGAAUUGGAUUCAUCGACUCUUACAAUGAAGUUAAAUGAUGAAGGGGACACUGCUCUUCACAUUGCUGCUGCUAAAAAGCAUGUUUCUUUUGUUCAUAAUUUGGUUCAGCUCAUCUCCUCAUCCGACUUGGCUCUCAAAAAUGAUAGAGGAAAUACUGCCCUCACUAUUGCCUCUAUGUCGGGUGUUGUAAAAAUUGCCAAACUAAUGGUGGACAAGAAUCCCACUCUUCCAAAUCUUCUCGAUCCUCAAAAUCCUCAAAAUCCAAGUCCUGUUUUUGUCGCAAUUGCUUACAAGCGCAGAGACAUGGCUUCCUUCCUCCUCUCUAAGACCAAUUUCUACGCUUUACAUACUUCUCAACAGAUUGAACUUUUUAUUGCUACCAUCUCGCUUGAUUAUUAUGACAUAGCAUUGAAAAUUCUUAAAAAGAAACCAGAAUUAGCAUUGGAACGGAGGGAGGAAAAUGGAGACACAGCUUUGCACGUCCUGGCCAGAAAACCAUAUGGAACAAUUGGUAGCAGUAGUGAGCUUCGGAAAACAUAUCUAACAGAUUUCUAGGCUUCAAAGGACAACAAACUUUUGAUGCAAACAUUAGCUCGUCGAGUGGUUGAACRUUUAUGGGAGGUUAUUUUUGGUAGCCUUAAAAAAGACGACCUAAAAAAGUUGAUCCAAAGUCCCUCAAUAUUAAUGCACGAUGCGGCAAGAGUUGGAAAUGUCGAGAUCUUAAUCGUGCUCAUUCGUUCAUGUGUUSAUUUGAUAUGCAUAGUUGAUGAUGAUAAUAAAACCAUGUUUCACGUAGUAGCUGAAAAUCGACAGGAAGAUGUCUUCACUUUAAUAUAUGAGAUAGGAUAGAAAGAAGAAUGACAAGUAGAAUAUUAUUUAUGAGUUGUGAGAAAAAUAAAUGCUACAGCAUGCUACAUGUGGUUGCAAAAUUGGCUGCUCCAUCUCACUUGAAUAGA